ACAGCCGAGUAAGGGCCGGCUUGUUUGGGUACAUUGAUUUGGAUGAGUGUAAUGUAGAGCAGUGUGUUAAGCCAGCAGUCAGACAAGAGAACGCUCUCUAUCUCUCUUCUCUGUCAGUUUUACAUCUCCGCUGGCCUGCAGCUCGUCCAAAAUUAACGGAAGCUUUCUUCCCUCUCAGUGACUACCGAAGAACUGUGUCCGGUCCGGGUCGAUAGACAUUCCCCGAGGCCUGACGGGCACACCUCCGCCUGUUGAGUUGAUGAAUGGGGCAUUAGGGUGCAGUCAACAGGUUAGUCGGUCGUACAGGGAGUAGACGCACGGGUCUGUCGGGCCGAUGCCGCUUUUAGCACAGGGAUAGACGGCAAAAUCUGAACACUUCAUUCGGAUCAACGAGAGAUUAAGAAGCUUGUCAUGGACUUAAGUCAGAGGUUGGUGAAAUAGCAGGGCAACUCCACCUGAAAUUUGGAACCUGGAGACUAAGCCUGGAAACCCGAAUUCGCCUGUAUACGCGAUAUAAUAUUUACAAGCUGAUAAGGUUCCAUAUUUACCUCGGUUCGGUCCACUUGGCCCUUAGAUCAACCAGAAGGUGGGAUUAAGGUGAGAGAUAUAAAAGGGGGCUUUAUUUACCCAGACUGGGCACCCCUGUGGAGGUAGCCUCACGGGGAAACUCCGGCAGCCAGCUGUUUUGAACGUCAUCUCGAAAGGGAACGUCCGCUAUCAGAUAGGAUAACGGAUUUCAACUGAGCGGUAUAGUCUGGGCGAUAAGCACCUUACCCCUUUACAGCCCGUAGAGAACACAUCAGGCAGACGCGAACGCUCAGUUAGGUGUGCACACUUUGCCUGUGUGUGUGUGUUGAAGGAGUGACUGAUACGUGAUACCGACUCGAGCACCAGCUGGAUUUUACCCAAGGUUUUAAGCUCUUGUCUUUGUCUGAUUUCGCUGAAUCUUUAAUCCUCAAGUUAAUCGAGUUUGUGAACUUUACCACAGCUGUAUAGCCUGGGCAAGGAUCGAGGUGCCGACGCCGAUUUUUCUUUCGUCGGAUUUCGCAGGAUUUUUCGCCUAUAAAUUAUUAAAGUGUUGUGAUCAUCGCUCGAUCCUAAAGGAGGAUUUUUUUCGUGUGAAAUUUGUGUUUUAUUUUUACAAGAUUUUGAUUAGCUCAUGUUAAUCGAGUUGAUGAACUGUGACAUAUGUGGAGGCGGAUAUAUUAAUAAGAACGUAAUUGGUGAAUGACAGUAUAGCCCCUUCGGAUUUUGACUCCACACGAUUUAACUAUAGCAAGAUGUACGGAGAGACGACUGAUCCCUCCGUGACUUGUGUGCAGACGAAGAUCGUCAUUGUAGGAGACUGCAACUGUGGCAAAACAACACUCAUCAAUCGCUAUAUAAAAGGAGAGUAUUUGGAGAAAUACACGCCGACUGGCUUUGACACGUAUACGGGCACAUACAAAGUCUCCAGCACAUACAGAAUAAAGAUGUCUAUAUGGGACACGUCAGGUGACAGCGGUUAUGACAGAGUACGGCCCUUGUCCUACACAGAUGCGGACCUCGUGUUGGUAUGCUUCUCUAUUGGGGACCCAGAUUCCGUGGAAAACGUAAAGACAAAGUGGCAUCCUGAGAUUCGAGAAUAUUGUCCAAACCAGCCGAUCAUGUUAAUAGGCUGUAAGAGUGAUCUCCGGACGGACACGUCUACUAUAUCCAAACUAGAGAAGACAAAACAAACAGUACUAUCAUACGAUCAGGGUCUCAGUCUUGCCAAACAAAUCGGUGCUUUGGUGUACUCAGAAACCUCCGCCAAAUCCUGUCCACGGAGCGUUACGGACGUUCUAGAAGUAGCGGCGCUGUCGUCAGCCGGGACUCGACACACGCCCACCUUCAAACGACAGCGGUCCUUCAUUAGGAGAAAGCGCUUCAGCGGGGUCCAAGAUGCUCAGCUUCAGUUACGUAAAGAGGCCGUGAAGAGCUGUUCCGUUAUGUGAUCUUGGAGUGCGUCGCAGUUGCAUUAAGGAUUAUUGAACACCAAUUCCAUUUCCACCAAGUGCUUUUGGCUGCGAUCUUAGACGUCUCAACUCUCACCCGACUUGCGCAUACUAACAUUGUUAAAAAUAUGUUCAUAUUUAUUUUCUUGGACUGUUUGAGGAAGUUGUCUCCCCUAAUUAUUCGGAACAGUUUCGCGUGAAUUUGAAAGUGAUUAUGUUUUUGAAUAGAUGCUUCCAUGUAUGAAUUUGUCGUGUAAUAGAAAUGAUAUGUCAUCACUGUCUUUUCUUUUGAUGACAUUGGAACGUACAUUUUUUUCAUUUCAGCAUUUGUGGUUUUACAUAUCUAAGAUCAUGUCUUUUGACGACAUUUGACAAUUAACAAUUAUAAAUGUUUUGAGGCAUGGUGUAUUUAAAUGAUUUUAAGACUGUUAAUAUUGGUGUAAUGCUUUCCGGAAUCACGACUUCCGGAAUCACGACUUCCGGAAUCACGACUCACCUCCAUUAAAGUGUAACAGUAUGUGACUUUUGGAAUAGCGAAAUCUGGACGACACUGAACGAAGAAUGCGAUAGCACAGGAGGAGUAAAAUAUAAUUCUGUCACAGAAUUAUCGGUUCACCUUUUUAUAGUGCUUUGGAAGCCCGUUAUCCAGAGGAUGCGAAGCAGACUAAGUUAUUGGCGUUUGUCGAUGUUUGCCAGACUUUCCUUAUAUGUAUAUACCCAAUGAAGUGUUAUUAGCUGUCAUUCGAUCUCGCAUCACGUGGUUACCAUGGUAUACUUUGAUACAGUGCGCAGCUUAGUGGUGCCCAUAUUUGAAACACGGAACUAUAUCGGCCGAAUUUAUUUUUAACGGCUGAUUAUUUUCCUGUGGAAACUGAUGGUGGACUCAUAAAUAUACCACAAAUACUAUAUGCCCUGUCACAGUGUUAUAUAACGAUUUUAGGCAUGCGAUUUUUUGUGUUUGUGGUAAAUAAUAUGUCCUUUAUAAGGACAAGUUUAUGCUAAGUUUGUGUUAGCUAUCUGUGAUCACAAUGAAAGAGACAGCACUAUGAAAAGACAUGUGAAUAGCGUGCUUUCAUCUUGGUAGAUAGUACUGAAUUGUAUACAUGGAGAGUCAAUGUUUUGCAGCGUAUGAAUAAUGAAUACUAGUACUGUCUGGAUAGUGAAACUUCACAAGGCAUUGACAUUGUUAACAGAAUACUUUCUGGAUGGUGAAUAGAGAAUAGUAUGCGAAUACUCUUUACUGAAUACUGAAGCGAAUAUGAAUAUUGAAUAGUAUCUAGCACUGACUUUCAUGGGCAUGCUGAAUGGUAUCCAGAGAAUAUGGAAAGCAUAGCACGCUGUAUUAUAGCAUGUUACCGGACAUGAACACUGCGGGAUCAUGUAAGACGACGUGGCGACUGUUACAAAUGUGUUGUUUCGUGCAAUAGGUGAACUGUUCCAUGGUCUAUACUCAUAUGUGGAAUUACAUGAACAUAAAAAUGUUACUCUUGGUCCAGUUUACGUGAUUUUGUAAUUAAUCCAGCUGCUGUUUACGUUAAAUUAACAGGCAGUCUGUUUAUUGAGUUCGGAUUUUAACAACGGAACUCAGUGCGAAUGUAGGAUAUGAUGAAGAUUAAAACCAGAUCAUUUAAAUGUACGUAUGAAAGUUUCACUACAGAGUAUUCUCUCGUGUGAAAGAUUAUGUAGAGUCACCCGCAAACGUUUGUUAAUUGGGAGACUCGUGGUUGGCUUAAAUAACAAUUAAUAAUAACUAAAGCAUACUGUGAUAUUAACAGGGUUUGUUACAUGGUUAAUUUAGCAAAGUUGAAGCUUUCUGUGUUUGUGCAUCUGGUAAUUCUAGACAGCUUUUAUUACUUGGCUUUAAAUAAAUGUUCUCGAAUGAGCCUCGGCCAGAGAUUCCAUACUGGCCAGUGUCAUG